UUCUUGUUUAAAUGCCUCGACCUAUGUUGUGUAAUGCAAGAUCAAUUACUAAUAGACACGGAAGUCUGUUUUUAAGAUUUGUUAAACAUAUUCAAGACAUAUAAUAUUUAAUAAGCGCAUUAGUCAAUUCAAGGACAUGGAAGGCAGUACCAAUCGAGAAGAUGAGGAGGUAGAACAACCCGUGCUUGUGGAAGAGCCAUUGGACCUUAUUAGACUAAGCUUGGAUGAAAAAAUAUACGUUAAAAUGAAACGUAACCGUGAAUUGCGAGGUGUCUUACACGCUUUCGACUCACAUUUGAACAUGAUUCUGGGGAAUGUUGAAGAAACUGUAACAACAUUGGAGAUAGAUGAGGAAACAUAUGAAGAAGUUUACAAGACUACAAAGCGCACAAUACCCAUGCUGUUUAUUCGCGGAGAUGGUGUUAUCCUAGUUUCGCCUCCACAAAAGGACUAACUCUUGUACAGUCAAUUUUUAUGCAUCGUAAUCCAUAUCCAUCAAUAAAACAUGUAAUUUAACAACAGUUUGAAUAUUUCACUCAGUCAGUCAGUAACAACGUAG